UUACUCCACGGCGAGCGGGGGAGACAGAGGGAGAGGUGGCGAGGAGGCAGCCGAGAAGCCAAGUCCCGCAGCCCAGCAUGGCUUCGGGGGACCUUUACGAGGUUGAGAGGAUUGUUGACAAAAGGAAGAACAAAAAGGGCAAAUGGGAAUAUCUUAUCAGAUGGAAAGGCUAUGGAAGCAAUGAGGACACCUGGGAACCUGAGCAUCACCUAUUGCAUUGUGAGGAAUUUAUUGAUGAGUUCAACGGACUACGUGUCACUAGAGAAAAGCGAGCAAAACAUGGGAAACAGACCAGUGCGCCAAAAUUUUUACGGGAAAGCCGAGGGUCAUCUGUUGAGAAAAUAUCACACAGACCUUCUGAAUCUGGGAAGGCCAAAGGGUCAACACAUAAAAGAAAGCGAAUUAACCCAUCUCUUCAAAAACAGAAAAGAGGGUACACAGCAAAGCCGGCACCUGCUGGCGACAGGGCCGCUAAAACUGUGACUUACCGAACUACGCCCAGUGGUUUACAGAUCAUGCCAUUGAAAAAGCCUCACAAUGGCCUACAGAAUGGAGAUGCUGGUCACGAGAAAGAUUCUAGACAUUUUGGGAAUGGCUCACAACAGCAAAACGUGGAUUUAAAUGGCCACGAAGGAGAACAUGAUUUGCCCAGCAUGUUGGAAGUUAAUAAUGAUGUGCCUGUUGUGAAUGGAAUCGGUUCCUCUCUGGCCAACGGAGGCCUGAAUCUGCACAGCACUGUGAAAAGGAAACUGGAUGGGGAGAAAGAUUAUGUCUUUGAUAAGAGACUAAGGUACAGCGUGCGUCAAAAUGAAAGUAACUGUCGGUUCAGGGACAUUGUGGUCCGGAAAGAAGAUGGUUUCACACACAUUCUGCUCUCCAGCCAGACUUCAGAUAACAAUGCACUGACCCCAGAGAUCAUGAAGGAAGUUCGGAGAGCAUUGUGCAAUGCAUCAGCUGAUGACAGUAAACUCUUGCUUCUCAGCGCAGUGGGAAGUGUAUUCUGUAGUGGCCUAGAUUACUCAUAUUUAAUUGGCAGGUUAUCCAAUGACAGAAGAAAAGAAAGCACUAGGAUUGCAGAAGCUAUAAGGGAUUUUGUAAAAGCUUUUAUUCAAUUUAAGAAGCCAAUUGUAGUUGCUAUCAAUGGCCCAGCUCUUGGGUUGGGAGCUUCUAUCUUACCGCUGUGUGAUAUCGUUUGGGCAAGCGAGAAGGCUUGGUUUCAGACCCCAUAUGCGACGAUCCGACUCACUCCAGCUGGCUGCUCAUCGUAUACAUUCCCACAAAUACUGGGUGUUGCUCUGGCAAAUGAAAUGUUGUUCUGCGGGAGAAAGCUAACAGCACAGGAAGCCUGCAGCAGAGGACUUGUGUCACAAGUAUUUUGGCCAACAACAUUCAGUCAAGAAGUGAUGCUGCGAGUAAAAGAAAUGGCAUCUUGCAGUGCAGUGGUAUUAGAAGAGUCUAAAUGCCUGGUGCGGAGCUUCCUGAAAUCUGGACUUGAAGAUGUGAAUGAAAAAGAGUGUCAGAUGUUAAAACAGCUGUGGAGUUCUUCCAAAGGACUGGAUUCAUUAUUCAGCUACUUGCAAGACAAAAUCUAUGAAGUCUGAAGUCACAGUUUAACUUCGAGAGAAAACAUUCCAAGUGUAAACAGAGUUCAAACAUUACCUGUGUUUGAAAAGCAGAGGGAAGGCAUCCUUGAGAUGAAUUUGUGACAGUGUAUCUUAAUACAUAUGGUUGUGUCAAUUUCCUUGUGAGUUAAAUUGAGAAGUUACAGAGCUGCUUCUAGCUGGUUUGAUUUUGUGUAAUCAAGAUGGAGGCAGACUUGGUCAGCGCACAUAAAUUCUACUGAGUGCUGCAUCAUUCACAUGCUCAUCCAGUAGAAGUGUACAUUCCACGUGCUGAAAAGCACUACUAUGGCCCAGUAAGGCACACAGUCUGUAAUGAUUUAUUUUGUCUGUCCUUUUUUUAACUUAUUCUUGCUUUGCAACAAAUGUCUGUGCUGACACUGAGGGCUCAAUCUGAAAAUCAGGUCACAGUAACACUCUGCAGACCCAAAUUAUUAUACUUCAGAAAUCUUUUAAUUAUUUUUUUUUAAGUUCUAACAAUGUAAUGGAAAAACCUGAUAAUUUAUAUGUAUAAUAUGUAAAGUUAGUUUUGAAAAAAAAAAAACCUACUAGGAUUUUCUUUCAUUGAAUUUAUUUAACUUAUUUAUUUUAUGUUUGUAUGCAACUGUUUAUUGAUCAUAUAGAUAUUAUUUUCAUACUUCCCUUGACUGGAUUAAUGGUUUCACAUGAGAAUGCAAGUAGCCCAGUGCAUUUUUAACAGUGAGCUGUGUAUACAAUAAAGAACAUACAGAAAUCACCAAAUGUCUGGGCACUAAAAGUGACAGCCAUGUACGUGUUCCUUUAUGUGUGAAAUUGUACAAAGAUGUAUUGAAGUCAAGUCAUAGUUUGUUAAACUUGUUAAGGAAAAUCAGUGGAAGCUGCAAUAGUGAGUCCCACACAAGUCUCCCUUCACUUCCUGCCUUCUUGCGGAGCACUGAAGGGCUUGCCAACAAAAUGCUUUAAGUUUACUAUUUUCUUAUUAGCUGGACAUUAAUAACAGGGUGUGUGGUGCCCUUAUGUGGCAUCAUAGUGUUCUUCAGGUUUAAACAUCUCUUUUUGGUCUGAAGUCUACAAACCAACCCUUAUGAGCCUUAGUCUAUCUGCCUGAUUGCUCAGUUGUGGGAUAAUUAAUACUCUGGAGGCGUCUGGGUCUGGGAUAGGAGUUUUAUAAAAAGGUGCUAGGUUUUGAAAUGGGUGGAGACAGUUUUUGUUUUGCUUUUCCAGUACUCCAUGCCUGGCCAUCCCAUGAUCUGGUUAUGGGGAAGAAAAAAAAAUCUAUUGCUGUCCAUAAAAACAGUCCAUGUUAAGUGGAAAAAAAAAUCGAAUUUGCUCUUUUAAAAUGUGACCCUAAUAUUUUUCAGCGAUACUGACUUUUGAACACUGGAUUCAAAAGUCUAGCAAGCAGUUAGGGAGGAAAUAACAUGAACAUGUUCAGUGAAUCGAAUUGCCAUGUUAGUAUGCCCAAAUCAAAAUCUCUCAAAGCAGAAAAUUUGCACCUUUGUUAUUUUAGUGAUUUGUGCACUUGCUCUCCAUCCUUGAGCUCACUGACCAGAUUACAGUUUAAAAGAACCACAAGUGAGCUGAGGGGUUUGUUCGUUUUUUCCUUACAAUCUUUCAAAAAAAAAAAAGAGUCUCAAUAAAGUCUUUGAGAGAUUAGAAUUGCCAGUUUGCAGUGAGCAGUAGGUUUCCACAGAGUCCAUCCAUCUUUUCGGUUUUCAUAGUUAAAAGUAAAAUACCUUCCAUUUACAUUCUAUAUAUGCUCCUAGGGCCAAAUUGUGCCAUCGAUUUUUUUUUUUAAAGCAGAGCACUAUGUUGAAGUCAGAACUCCCCUCCCCCGCCCCAUUCUGCUUAAAGUAAAAAAACAGAAAAAAAAUGGCAGAAUCUGACCCGUAGUUAGAAUUUGUUUAAAUGUCUUCGAAAUGCAACAUUGUAUGUGAUUAUGGAGUGACUCUUAUUUUUCAGUGGUCUAAAAGGGUAAUUCUUUCAGUAAAAAUAUGAAAUGGUUGAUACAGCACUUGUUAUAUGUUAAGGGUUGCUUACUUCUUAGGCCCCCUAGCAAAAUUUAAAUAUGUGAUCAGGUUACGCACAUGCUUAAAGGCUUUGCUGGAUCAGGGCCAUAGAACCCAAUCAUAUAAGCAUGCACACAAGUCACUUACUUCAGUAGUUCCACUGACUUCAAUGGGAUUAGUCACGUGCAUAAGUGUUUGUACAAUCAGGCUUCCAGUGUGGGACUUUAGAAAAAUCAGGAAAAGUAUCAUGAUGCCCCAACUUCCAUUUUUUCUUAUACUGGUCCAGAGAGGUACAACUCCAGGUCAUGUAAAAUGUGUCUGUAAAAUACUAGAAAGUUUAUUUCAAUACUGUGCUUGUUAUAUGUUGAUAUAUCUAGGAAAAUUGCUCUCAGCAGUAUGAAGAUGUGUUUUAUCACAGAAGGUUUUAGAACAAAAAAGAAUCAUAAUUCAUUCAACUUUUAAAAUGCACCAUUUCAAUUGCAUUUUCAAAUAUUCAUAUUAAUAUUUUGUUUGACAAAGGAAUGGUUGAAAUAUGUUUUUUCAUAAAAGGCGCUAAUCAUAUUUAAUGUUUAAUUAUUCACAUCUAAACAAUUACAAUCUAGUUUCCAUAGAAUUUGUUUUUCUUUCAGAAAAAGGCUAAUAAUUUCAAAAGCUUCCUUUUUGAGUAUUUAAGGCUCAGAAUUGAUUUUUCUCUUCUGUUUCGGAAGAGAACUUGCUAUUCAGAUACAUAGAUGUACUGUACAUAUUAGUCUGGGUACCUUUACUAAUAUUCACAGUAUUUAAAAAAAUAAAUGCAAUUUGUUGUUAAGUAUGUUAUUUUAUUCUUGUGUAAACUGUUUUGUACAAUCUUUAAAAAUCUGCAGUUUUGCAUUUGUAGAUAUUCAAGGUAAGCAAUUUAUUUUGUGUUGUCUUGCAUGUAUAUUUUUUGCUGUAGAUAAGUGUUGUUUAGUUUACUACUUCAGUACAUUUCUGUUUAAAUGAAUAAGCUUACAAACUUUAAUACAGUAUAUAUUUUCAGAAUAUAAACUUUUAUAUUUCUGUGGUAGGUUAGGGUAUGCGUUUUAGGCAAUCUUUUUCACUACUAUUAAUUGUUCUUUUAAUCUAUAGUAUACAGGUUUUGUGCCAAUAGUUUUUCACUAGGAUAAAAUGCUCUUUUAAUGUUAGGGAUAUACAGACAGGUUUGCUGGGGGUGGUGCACAGGUCUUCUGUUUUGUUUUGUUUUUUUGCCAGCCUUCAAGUAACUGAGUUUAAAGUGUAAUUUGUAAAUUUAUUGCAUUUGUGAAUAAGCCUUACCAUUAGGUACAACAAAACUUAAAACUUCGCAACGGCAUAUGUAGUAUUAAGGACUUCCCCAAAUAAUCUCUGCAAAACAGUUGGCAAAAUCAGAGUACAGGGCCUUAAGUUUUUCUUGUGAAAAGGAUAAUACGGGUUGUUUGUUUGGGUUUUUUUUUUUUAACAACAUAGUUAGAGACUUGUCAGUUUGGGCUUUGUUCUAUAUAAACUGUGCAUAUUGUUCUCCCAACCACAGUAGUUAAUCUCAGGCUUUUUGUGGCUGGGUCUAUAAAAGUCAAAUCUGGCUAAAGCCAGCACUCUUUAGGAGACACUAAAGAAGUUUACAUAAGAGACUUAUAGACAAUCUUAAUCAUAGUACAUUUAAGUAUUCAGUAUCCUGGAUGUGUUAUCUGUGUCUACCCAAUUAACCGUAUGUUUUAAGCCAUAUUAAAUCUCUUUACCACUACUUUAAUACUACACUGAAAGUCAUUCCCUAACUUAUCUACAGGUUGACAGGAUUGUGAUUUCUAGUGAAUAAAAAUAUUAUGCCUUCCAUAAAAACAAAGGACCAAAGAACUACAUUAUUCUAAUAAAGCAUUAGUUACUUAGCAAGUGAACUAGUCUGACAUUUAUAGUGACGAUCAAAUGGUCUCUUCCUACUACAAACAUUUCAUUCUCAUUCAUUUUAAGCAUAAGGGGGGGAAAAUGUAUCCACUAGACUAUUGGAAAAUGAGCAAUGUUCUGCUAAGCUGGCAUGUCUAUUGGUAAGGCUUAUUACCAAACCUCUGAGAUGAAGCAAAGAACCAAAAAUUCACAAAAUCUGUCUAUGUAAAUUUAUUUGAUUUCAAACUAGUAACUUGCACAAGAAAUUAAAGGUAGAACUUUGCAAAUUAGGCCCUUACGUUAUUUUGUCAGAAUGUCAUGGAACAGACUAAAACUGUUUCUAAUAUUUGUAAUGAUGAGUACAUAAUAUAAUAUUAUAAGGGUACAGGCACCCCUUUAUCACAGUGUUGUAAAUAUUUUCUGAAACUGGUACAGUACGGAGGGACUUGUAUCUUGAUAUAUCAAAUAUUGACUGUCUACAUCAAAUUGUACACAAUAUAUUUGUUGAUGGUCCUGUAACUAGUGUAUGGACACAUUUCUGGGUGCCUUAGAAGUUGUAUUUUUCAUGUGUGUUAAUAUGCAGUAUUUAUACAUUGUGGAAAAGCUGCUUUGAAUAAAAACAUUGAAACUUCA